AAAGAUUGCACACACACAGCUCGCCUUAGUGCCGCAAGACUCCGUAGACAGCCUGUCAGUGUUGCAGUUCGCUUAGUAAUGUAAGUCAGUAAGAAAGCGACACGAAGCAGCAUAACGGUGUAUGGGACAGCCAGGGAGUGGACUGAGUGGACAUACACUCCAACUAGAAGACGGACGGAGCAGCUACUUCAGGAAUUACCACGCAUUGUAAGAAAACGGUGGAGGAAUACGAGGAGGAAGAGGACAGCGACGACGAGGAGGAGGAGGGGAAGGUGGUGGUGGCGGAGGUGGAUGGGGGGACUUGCAUAGAAAGACAAUCAUGUUUUCUAAGAAGAAACGCGAAUUGAUUAAAACCCAAUCAAUUUCCAAGAAAAUCCGAGCAGGAAGCCCAGGACCACAGAGCUGCACGCUUUCUGUCCUCCAGGAGCAGCCGAGAAAAGAUGCCACCGAGAUGGCUCCUGUGUUCACUGACCCAUCGUCUUCUCCUGGAAUGCAAUCGCAGAUCUCCAAGAUAACCAACUGCCCCUCACCAGCAGUCGCCUUGAAACGCCCUGUGUCUCUGAGUCGCCAUGCCAGUGCGGCUGGCUUCCCCACACAGACGGCUGGCACCUGGGGUUUCAGCAAGGCUCACAAGGGAAUACAGUCGUAUAGCCCAACUGCAGAGAGCGGCGAGGGGUACGUCCUCGAAGUGGAAGACAUAUCCCAGCUCCUCCGGCACGUGGAAUGGUUUGCCGAGGCCGUUGACAAGCUCAGAGAGGUCGUCCUCGGAGAAAGCCACCAGGAGAACCAGCGUCCACUUGCACAUGAAUGUCUGGGGGAAGUGCUGAGGAUUCUGCGACAGGUCAUCAACAAAUAUCCUCUGCUGAAAACGGUGGAAGUGCUAACGGCAGCCGGGACCCUCAUCUCCAAAGUUAAAGGUUUCCAUUAUGAGGCAAACAUUGAAGCCGACAAGAAAGACUUUGAGAAGGCAGUUGAGACCAUCGCUGUGGCAUUCAGCAGCAAUGUUUCUGAGCUGCUCAUGGGUGAAGUGGACAAUAGCACUCUCCUCUCCUUGCCUCUGACGGAGAAGAGCCGGUCCAUGGAGAAUCUUUACAGUGGCCUAUCUGGUCCUGGAUUUGACAUGCCCUCCAGAAGCGAACUACAAGAAUACGGUUUCUCCAGUUCCGAGGAAGUGGACAUUCUUUUGCAGCGUGGUGAAGGAGGAGUGGACUCAGCUCUGCAGUAUGCCAAGGUCAUCUCCAAAUACAUGAAGGACAUCCUAUACUACGUGGAAAAGCGCACAGCUUUAGAGGUGGAAUUGGCCAAAGGACUGCAGAAGCUCUACCAUGGUUGCAGACCAAUGUUAACAAAUGAGCCCUACAUGCCCUUCCUGUCCAUUUAUGAGCAAGCCUUGGAGCAGGACAUGGAGCAGAGCUGCGGGUUAAUCCAGGCUGCCACCACUCUGCAGAGCCAGACGUUCAUUCAGCCACUGAUGCAGCGCAGACUGGAACAUGAGAAGAAGCGGAAAGAGAUCAAGGAGCAGUGGCAUCGGGCUCAGAGGAAACUGAUGGAUGCCGAGACAAAUUUGCGCAAGGCAAAGCAGAUCUUCAUGAUGCGCUGUGAGGAGUACGACAAGGCCAAGCAUGUUACGGUCAAGGCUGAAGAGGACCAGCAUGGCAGUAACACCAACUCUGGUAAAUCUCUUGAGAAGAAGAGGAGACUGGAAGAAGAGGCUCGCAAUAAGGCUGAGGAGGCAGAAGCAACUUACCGCACUUGCAUAGCAGAUGCCAAAACCCAAAAACAGGAGCUAGAAGAUGUGAAGGUCAAUGUCCUGAGACAGCUGCAAGAGAUCAUCAAGCAGAGUGACCAGACCAUGAGAUCGGCUACCAUCUCCUACUAUCAGAACAUGCAUGGAGUGACCGCCCCUCUGCCUGUAAACUACCAGACCCUGUGUGAGAACAGCAAGUCGUAUGACCCCGGGAAGCAGUAUGCUGCCUACGUCAAGCAGCUGCAGUUGACAGAGGAAGUCGAGGUGCAUUAUGACUUUGAGCCUUAUGCAGCCUCCUCUAGCCACUUGCCAGGAAGGCUCCGCCAUGAUAGUUUUACCACUGAAGACAAGAGUGGCACCAAUACUGAGUCACCAUCUGCCACGGAGGACGCAGCACUCGGUCAGCAGGCAACACAGCACAGUGAGGGCUCUGGUUUGACUCAUGCUGAGAGGAGAGCAGGCCGCGGUCACCAAUCUCACAAAUCCUGGCCUUCUACAAUCAGUGACACGGACAGCAUGGGAGGACUAGAUUCCCCAUCAACAAGUUCAGGAGACAUUAGAAAGCUGCCUAGAACAUCUUCCACAGGCACCAUGUCAUCAAACGAAGAAGCAGAUGAGAAAGAUGGGAACACAACCUCUUUUGAACAGAGUAUAAAUGGGAUCGAACCCGAGCAUAUCAUACCCACUGGGCCUUUCCGUAACGUGGGUCUCUCUAAAGCUGCCCAGACCCACCGCCUGAGGAAACUGCGUACGCCUUCCAAGUGCAGAGAGUGUGACAGCUACGUGUAUUUCCAAGGAGCCGAAUGUGAGGAGUGCUUCCUUGCCUGCCAUAAGAAAUGUCUGGAAACCCUGGCUAUCCAGUGUGGACACAAGAAACUACAGGGGAAGUUGCAGUUGUUUGGAAGGGACUUUGCACAAACCUCACGAGACAGUCCUGGAGGGAUCCCCUUCAUCAUCGUGAAGUGCAUCUCCGAGAUUGAGAGCAGGGCUCUAAAAAUUAAGGGUAUUUACAGAGUCAAUGGGGUUAAAACCCGGGUGGAGAAACUAUGCCAGGCAUUUGAGAAUGGCAAGGAGUUAGUGGAGCUUUCACACGCAUCUCCACAUGACAUCAGCAAUGUGUUGAAGCUUUAUUUGAGACAGCUUCCCGAACCAAUCAUGUCCUUUAGAUUGUACAAUGACCUCAUGGGCUUGGCAAAGGAGAGCCUACAAGUCGGACCAGAAGGUGUGGAGCACUCAAAGGUCCCUGAGCUGGUGGACCGUGGCUCUGACACCGAGGAGGAAGUGCUGGCCUGUGUUGAUAGGCUGCGGGAACUGUUGAAGGAACUGCCUGCCCCGAAUGUGGCGACCCUGCAGUAUAUCAUCCGCCAUCUCCGCAAGAUUGCGGAGGUGGAACAAGAUAACAAGAUGACUUCAAGCAACUUGGGGAUCGUCUUUGGGCCAACGCUCAUGCGUCCACGACCCACGGGAGCAACAAUUUCGCUGUCCUCACUUGUGGACUACCCGUACCAAGCCCGCAUUGUGGAAACACUUAUUGUUUUCUACUCUUACAUUUUUGAGCCCAGGUCUUCUAUAAUCCUCCCCAAGGCCUGCAAUAAGCCGUGUGCAGAAAGCUGUGAAACCAGCGAGGACUGCAGCGGCCUAACAGAUGGCCAAGAUGAAAGUGAAGAACAGGAACACUUGGACUCAGACAGAAGAGGCAAUCCAGGUUGUGGAAACUCUUUGUGUUCAUCAGGAUCACAGGAGCGAUCCUUGGAUUCUGACUCGGACAGCGAGGACGCCGGCAUAGUCAACAGACACGCCAUCAAAACAAACCUAAGCCAGCUAACUAAACAGGAGAGCAUAACCAGUACAGAGGAUGGAGCUAGCAGUGAGGACCAGCUGAGUCCGAGGUCCAGCCUUGACUUGUCCGCUCACCUACGCGUCCAGCAAGAAGACUCAGAUGAUCAGGACCCCAGCAGCUCCCUUUCGGAGCACAACAGCAAUCAGUCAAACAAUGUGCAGAUCAGCCCAGCUCUGCUGCCACCUGCACGCGUCACAGGAGGCAAACUCAAACCGAGGGAGAAACGCAAGCCAGAGUUUGUGUAAAUAAACACUUUCUUACUUUGUUUUUAAACAGGUCAAACAGAAGUAUUUAUAUAAUUUUUAUUUUUGGAAUUGAGCAGCUUUUAUCUAUAUAUAUCUAUAUAUAUAUACAUAUAUAUCUAUAUAUAUAUAUAUAUAUAUAUAUGAGACAAUCCAGCAGAAGCUGACUUGCAAAAUCAAAUUCAUUUGCUUUUCAUUUACAAGUUUGGAGAACAAAUUCAAAUGUGAGCCAUUGUGUCGUUACAUUUUUCAAACACAACAAGGAUACAUCAAUCAAUUUUGAUGAUGGAAUCAAAGGCAUAUUUUAUACGCACCAGUGUUCAGAUAACGAAUACUGAUGUCACAUCUUGAUGAAAACACAACAGUCAUUAAAAUGUAUCACAGUAAAUGUUCUCCGAUGAACAAAGAACCAUAUUCAGAUACUGCAGACUAGUGCUGGAUUACAAGAAUGAAUUCCACAAAUGGCUUUUAUGCAGUUUUUCUGCUAUAUUUUGUAUGCUGUAUGUUUGUGUGGCUGUACAAGUGAUUGAGGUGGCCCUCCGUGGCUUUCUGUGUGCUUCAAAACUGCCAAGCAGCAGACAUUUUUCACGACUCUUUAUGGAUUGCGUGAAGAGGGAUGUGCAUAAACAGAAGAGCAUGUUGUGUGACAGACUUGAAGCUUAUCGCCCUCGCAGCUGGCUACUGAAAGGGCGACGCGUUGAAGUAAGAAAGAGUGAGGUAUUGUAUAAUUAUAUAUAUUUGCAUUUUUUACAAGAAUAAAGAGUCCAGCUUUUUA